UCCUACCCUCAUCAGCAGAGGUGUGUGUGAGGGUCCGCAUGUGGUUGCAUGUCAGGUUCCAUUGUCAGGCUCCAGAUUGUUCGGCUCCACCCCACGGCCCAAACAUCCAGAAACUAUAUCUGAACCUUGGGCAGUCGAUUGGCAGGAGGUUACUUUAGAGGUGGGCCCUGGCCCUCAGGACUGUAGAAGACAGACGGACAACUCUGAAACACAGACCACAGGACUACAGAGGACCGUUGCCUGUCACACCCACCACCAGACCCAGCCAGAUUACACCUUCAGAGACUUUUGCCUCCCUGACAGAGUGACCUGCCCUCCCAAGCAAGGUGUGAGGACCCUCAUCCUUCCUGUCUCCACACAUUCCCAUUCUUCUUCUCCUCUGCUGCCGCACCUCUCAGGGCAGAAUGGACCGGUCUGUGCAGGAGCUGUUUCUGAACUUCACAGUAGUCUUGAUCACUGUGCUGCUCAUGUGGAUCCUAGUCAAGACCUACCAGGCCUGAACCACCAGGGGACAGAUACAGGGGGAGAGAGAUGAACGGCUGAGAAAUGGGGGGAACUGGGGGGUACAUUUCAAUCCAGUUACUGCAGUUGCAAACAAUCUUGAAAGCUUAUUGGCCGACAGGUAGCCUAGAAGUGGGCCAGCAGCCCGGGUUGCUGGCAUCAUCCUAGAUGCCAUUGCCUGCUGUUGUGUCCUUGAGCGAGGCACUUGACCCCCUACAAUUUCUCUGCGGCUGAUCCAUGCGUCUGACCUAUUGCUUCCAGUCCCUCGUCUGUGUUUGUCUCAGGGGUUUGGGGUGUGAGCAUAAAGACACAUUUCCAUUAACGGACAACAUAGCGAAUGGACAAUAUAACGAACGGACAAUAAAAUACAAUACAUCUUAUAUUAUCUUAACUCUGAAACAUAGCAGUUGCACAUGGUCCCUGAGAAAUGAAGUGAAUACAAGAAAUUGAAAGGUAUAGAUAUAGAUUCACUGCUUCAGCUGUCUGCUAAGAAAUACAUGCAGUUCCUCACUCCUGCCUCUUAGAGGGACUGUUGUGUAAGAGAUGAGUUGGCAAGCAUUCUUUUUAAAAGGUCUACAAUAAAUAGAACUGUUAUUGUACCCAAAAUGUUUUCUCUUGUUUGAUGCAUCCAACAUUAUGUUUUAAAUAAUACAUGUGCACCCAAAUCAUGAAAGUAAGCAGAGCACACACCCUACCUACAUUCUUUGAAAAUGUAGGAGAACCCCUUUUUGGUUCCGGAUAGAACUCUUUUGGGUUCCACAUAGAACCAUUUUGGAGUCCAUUUAGAAUCCUCUGUGGAAAGGGUCCUACAUGGAACUCAAAGAACUCAAAGGUUCUUCAAAGAAUAAUCCUAUGGGGAUAGUCAAAUAAUUAUUUUAGGUUCUAGACAGCACCUUUUUUCUAAGAGUGUAGAGAACUUCACCUGGACUAACUGUUGAUUGUGUGAUGAUGAAACAAUACCAAACAAGCUGUUUGUUUUGGAAGCUAAACCCCUUGUCUUUAUACUCAGUUAGGCCAUGGAAAUCAUCAAUAAAACACUUAUAAAGCACACAUGUACAAACAUACAGUAUAGUAUUUUUAUUUGAUUGAACAAAAAAUAAUUUAUUAGUCCUAUGCGCUCUUAUUGAACGUGCACUUGUAUUCGUCUAAAUCGCUUGAUCAUUAUCUGUUUUAUUUCAUCAGUUCUUAGACAGUAUAUCAGUGGAUUGAUCAUGGGAGGGAGCAGGCUAUACAACAUGAUAAUAACAAUACGUAAAUCAGCGCUGAAUCUAAUGCCGAUAUUACUGGCCAGAUAAACAAAACACCU